AUGGCCGGAGCGAUCGCGUACGAGGAGCAGCGCCGGAGGCAGGUGGAGGAGAACCAGCGGAAGCUGGAGGAGCUCAAGCUGCGCCACCUCUCCGCCGCCGUCAGGGAGGCCGCCACCCCCAAGCCCUCGCCGGCCAAGUCCCUGAAGCGGAAGCGGGUGCCGCGGGAGGCCGGCGAGGACGCCCCGAUCCGGCGGUCCGGCCGCGUCGCCAGCCUCCCUGAGCAGCCCAACUACCGAUUCGAGGAUGUCUUUCAUGUCCUCGAGAAGAAGAUCAGGAGGGGGCGCAGGACGACGACCAGCACAAGGAGCGACUUGAUUAAUCGAGUGUACGCUACAGACAAGGCCAGAGAGUAUGCCACCACCAUGGCCGAAGAGCUGCAGGCCAAGCUAGGGUCACGCUACCCCAGUUUUGUCAAGCCCAUGACGCAGUCACAUGUCACCGGAGGGUUCUGGCUGGGCCUCCCGUUGCCCUUCUGCCGGAAGCAUCUCCCGAAGCGUGACGAGAAGCUCACUUUGAAGGAUGAGCAGGGCGUCGAGUCCGAAUCGCUCUACCUUGCGCUUAAGAACGGCCUCAGUGCUGGAUGGAGAGGGUUCGCCAUCCAGCACAACCUGGUUGAUGGGGAUUGUCUGGUGUUCGAGCUGAUCAACCGGACGAUGUUCAAGAAUCGCGUUCCAGUUGCAUCUUACAAUUCUAGAAAAUCUUGA